GCGGCAAACCAGCAUAAUGGACAAGAAAGGGGGGUCUUUGCUUGGCCCGGGGACGCGUGCGAGCCGGCGGCGACUGCUCGCCUUUUGCUUGAAGACAAACUUCUUCCUCCGUGUGCCGCAAAACUGGACGAUGCGGGGGCCACUUUUUCACCUUUAAUUCUUUAAACACCUUCGAACCAGCGGCACGGUGUAAGACUGCUUAACGCAUCCGCAUCACAACUGUGAGGUCGUGGGUUCAAAUCCAGGCUCCUGUGUGGCUUUUGUCUGGGUACUCCGGCUUCCUCCCACAUUCCAAAAACUCGAAGACGUCGAAGUUGUCCGUAGGCGUGAAAGCGAGUGUGUUUGAGUGAGUUUAUCUGUCUGUGCCCUGCGAUUGGCCGGCGACCAGUUGAGGGCGAACCCCGCCUCCCGCCCAGAAUCGGCCGGAUUGGGCGCUGCCGUAAGGAGGAGAAGCGGUGCUGUGAACGGAUGGAUGCUAAAAGCGCUCCAUCGAGCAAUUAUGUAUUGUUUUGAUCAAUACGGUCGUCCCUCGUUUCUUGCGGGCUUACGUUCCACAACCCCCCGCCAUAGAUGAAAAGUAGAGACUAUAUCUUUUUUGGAUUAUUUUAAUUAUUUAUAUUCAUUUUAAAGCAUUAUGACUCUGCCCACACUGUUAUUCACCUUUCCCCCACUCUUACAAAAUGAUUGAUUAGUUCACUGAUUGUUCCAUUCAUUAUUCGCGUAAAAAUGUAUUUCGCAUAUCGAUACAAAAUAUGCGUGCGUGGUGCAGGUAUUACUUUUGUUCACUUGGGGUCACCAUCCACACGCUAUAGCCUGUGGUAUCUGUGACUCUGAAAGUGUCUGGUUUUCAAGGGCGGGGCCUGGCCAGUUGAGUCAUCCAAUAGGAAUGUAGUUGGCAGUUGUUAGUUGUUAGUCAACUCUCCGACAGUAUUCUCAUUUAUUGAGAUGCACCUGUAUUUGUCCACAGUGCGGCUGCGCAUCAAAAUGUGUCCCCUUUCGUUCUGGACGUGACACCGGACCGUCCUGAAUGAGGGAUUGGCUGCUACGCAUAGUUAGCAACGCGUGAUGCUGCACAGGCAGAUCCUGCAGCUUUUCCAUCUGGGUGGAGCUGACGCUGACGCUGACGCUGAUGCUGAUGCUGAUGCUGAUGCUGAUCCCGGUGCUGAUGCUGAUGCCGCUGCUGAUGCUGAUGCCGGUGCCGGUGCCGGUGUCGGUGCUGAGCUGUGCACAGAGCAGCCUUAUAAUCACUGCAUCACUUUUGGGUAGCAAAUGACGGUCGGCAUCACAGCAACGGCAGCCGUGAAGCACUUCGGCAGACGCUGCCUCCCUCCAUCUCCCCCAUGCCACCAUUGGGGAGGUGGGGGGAAAUCAUGUCUGACUCCAGCGCUACAGGACUGAUCUUUAACAAGGGUUCAGCCGAUUCCUACGUUAGUCGCCCCUCGGAUUCCGACCUGUCCCUGGAGGACGACCGGGAGGCGUCUCGGCGCGAAGCCGAGCGCCAGGCUCAGCUGCAGCUGGAGAGAGCCAAGUCGAAAGCAGUGGCCUUUGCCGUCAAAACCAACGUUAGUUAUUGCGGGGCUCUGGAUGAAGAUUGUCCAGUCCAAGGCGCAGCUAUUAAUUUUGAAACCAAAGACUUCCUGCACAUAAAAGAGAAAUACAACAACGACUGGUGGAUCGGUCGACUGGUGAAGGAGGGCGCGGACGUCACGUUCAUCCCGAGCCCCGUCAAACUGGAGGCCAUCAGGAUCAAACAGGAGCAGAAGGCAGCGGCGAGGAAAGGAGGCAACGCGUCAUCCGGAGGCUGGAGGUCCACGCCACCAUCUGCAGCUAAACAGAAGCAGAAACAGACGGAGCUUGUCCCCCCGUACGAUGUCGUUCCCUCCAUGCGGCCGGUGGUGCUGGUGGGGCCUUCGCUAAAAGGCUACGAGGUGACAGACAUGAUGCAGAAAGCCUUGUUUGACUUCCUAAAGCACAGAUUUGACGGCAGGAUCUCCAUCACACGGGUGACCGCCGACCUGUCGCUGGCCAAGCGCUCGGUGCUGAACAAAAAGGCCAUCAUGGAGCGAUCCAACACGCGCUCCAGCCUGGCUGAGGUCCAGAGCGAGAUCGAGAGGAUCUUUGAGCUCGCCAAGUCUCUGCAGCUGGUCAUCCUGGACGCAGACACCAUCAAUCACCCUGCGCAGCUUCUGAAAACGUCUCUGGCCCCCAUCGUUGUCUACGUCAAAGUAUCCUCGCCCAAAGUUUUGCAGAGGCUGAUCAAAUCUCGAGGGAAGUCACAGAGCAAACACCUGAACGUCCAGAUGAUGGCGGGGGACAAGCUUGCGCAGUGUCCGCCUGAGAUGUUUGACGUGAUCCUGGAUGAGAACCAGCUGGAGGACGCCUGCGAACAUCUGGCCGAGUAUCUGGACAUUUACUGGCGUGCGACCCACCUUCCUUGUUCUGCCCCCGUCAACCCGGUCCAGGACCAAAGUGUGAUCACGCCCCCUUCCGCUAACUCCAGUCAGCAGUUCUCGGAGACUCAAGAGUUAAUCGAGUGACCGCUUGCGGCCAGCAGCAGCCCGCGGCGCCGCCGCCAGCAGUCGAGCGAGGACGAAGGCCGCAAGCGGCUGCGGCGAGAGGACGCGAGUCAAGAUGGGGGCAAGCUUUUGCCCGUCCACGUCUGCCCCCCGGCUCCUGACGCCGCGUGACAACUCAGGGUCGCCUUCUGCAACGCACGCACGCGCAGUCAGUCGCUCUGCGUUCGGCUGCGCGACGGCUGACACGAGCCACCGGCCGUCGGUACCGAUGAAGCCCGCUACACACGUCAACAUCGGACGGAACAUUUGCAGCUCCAGUGCUCACUUCCCACGCAAUUUACUAGAGCUUCAGCUACUACUAUUACUACCACGAACAACAACUACUACUACUUCUUUUACUACUAUCACCAUUACAACUAAUAAUAACAAUCAGUACAAUUACUACCACUACUCCUACGACUUACUACUAGAACUAAUUAGUACUAUUACCACUAGUACUGUUAGAACAACUAACUAAUAGUACUCCGGUACUACUACUACUACUACUCCUACUAGAUAUUACUAUUACUACUAAUACUGCUGCUAGUAGUAGUUGUUGUUGCGACUUUGGGCUUGGCACAGUUAGUACACCGGAUGCCCUCCCUCAUGGAACCCACCCAUUUUUGGGAUUGGGUGUUGGACUAAUACUUACUACUGCUUACUACUACUACUACUACUGUACUAGGAGUUUCACUACUACUUAGUUCUAUUUCUACUACUACUACCUAGUUGCACAAGUAAUGACCCACUACUACAAGAUGUGCUACAAUUAUUACUACUUAGUACUACUACCACUACUAUUACAAUGACUGACUACUAGUACUAGGGUAGUAGUACUCGUAGCACUACUAUUAUUAGUAUAAGUAGAGCAAACAUUACGAACAUUUUCUUGAUGUGCCACUUUUGGAAAGCUGUAACGUGUGCAGCGGGCUCAAGACCACAAACCCGUGCGGAAGGUUCCCAGGGUUCCUCGCUCCAACUCUCCGUCUCGCUCCUCCAGCGUUUAGCUCACGCGCGCUGGCGUUCCAGCCGAACCGAAAGUUUCUUAAGAACGCCACAAAUUAUUUUUAGACGCCGUCAGCCGUGGACAGUCUAACACGCUUAACGUAAGCGUAAAAAAAAAAUUAACCUUGCCUAUUAUCCCAAAACUGUAAAAAUUCGGAUAUUUUUUCAUAGUUUCCCCACUUGGUUUAAGAGCGUCAAACAAAUGUAAAUAUCAGACAAAUAUAACCCAAGUGAACUUAAAUGGUGAUUUCAUUUAUUAAAGACAAAAAAACUAUUCCUUGUGUGUUUUUUGGACAUACUCGGCAAAUAAAGAUGAUUCUGAUUCUGAUGAAUGGCCUUUUGAAGGUCAUCCAUCCAUCCAUUUUCUGAGCCGCUUCUCCUCACAAGCGUCACGGGCAUGCUGGAGCCUAUCCCAGCUAUCAUCGGGCAGGAGGCGGGGUACACCCUGAACUGGUUGCCAGCCAAUUGCAGGGCACAUACAAACAAACAACCAGUCGCACUCACAUGCACACCUACAGGCAAUUUCGAGUCUUCAAUCAACCUACCAUGCAAGUUUUUGGGAUGUGGGAGGAAACCGGAGUGCCCGGAGAAAACCCACGCAGGCACGGGGAGAACAUGCAAACGCCACACAGGCAGGGCCGGGGAUUGAACCCGGGUCCUCAGAACUGUGAGGCUGACUCUCUAACCAGUCGGCCACCGUGCCGCCUCUUUUGAAGGUCAUGCCAAAGCAUUUCAAUCGGGUCCAAGUCUGGACUUUGACUAGGCCGCUCCAACACCUUCAUUUUGUUUUGUUUAAGCCAUUCAGAAGUUGACUUGCUGGUGUGUUUUGGAUCGUUAUCCCGCUACACAACCUAAGUGCGCUUCAACUGGAGGUCACAAACUGAUUGAUGACCAUUCUCCUUCAGGAUUUUCUGUUAAAGAUCGGAAUUCAUGGUUCCAUCAAUCACACCAAGUUGUCCAGGUCCUGAAGGAGCAAUACAGCCCAAGACCAUUACACGACCACCACCAUGUUUGACUGUCGGUAUGAUGUUCUUUUUCGGAAAUGCUAUGCUCCAUUUACACCAGAUGUAAUGAGACGCACACCUUCCCAAAAGCUCAACUUUCAUCUCAUCAGUCCAUAUAAUACUCUUCUAAAGGUCUUGGGCGUCAUUCAGAUGUAUUUUUGCAAAAGUAAGAUGAGCCUUUAUGUUCUUUUUGGCUUUGGAACUCUUCCAGGGAUGCCAUUUUUGCCCUGCAGUCUCUUCCUUAUUGUUGUGUCAUGGCCUCUGACCUUAACUAAGGCAAGGGAGGCCUGCCGUUCUUUCCAAGUUGUCCUGAGUUCCUUUGUGGCCUCCUGGAUGAGUCAUUGCUGUUCUCUUGGGGUAAUCUUUGUUGGCCGGCCACUCCUGGGAAGGUUCACCGCUGUUCCAUGUUUUCUCCAUGUGAGGAUAACACAUCAUGGCUCUCCCUAUGGUUCCCUGGAAUCUUAAAGCUUUUGAAAUGGUUUUUGUAGCCCUUUCCAGACUCAUACAUGUCAAUUACUUUAUUUCUCGACUGUUCUGGAAUUUCUUUAGAUUGUGUCAUUUUGUUGCAGCUUUUUUAGAUCUUUUGUCGGGACAGAUUCUGUUUAAGUGAUUUCUUCAUUGAACAGGUCUGGAGGUAAUCAGGCUUGGGCGUGAUCAGUGAAAAUUAACCAAAUUGAUGAUUAGCCAUAAUUACCAUAAUUUCUUGUAUAUAAUGCGCACCACACCCAUGUAUAAUACGCACCCCCAAAGUUGACCUCAAAAUUCUGGAAAACCCUUCUACUAUUGUAUAAUGCAUUUUUACAAUGCAUGAUUUAGCUUCUACCCAUAUGAUCAAAACAUGAAGUAUUAUCUGUGUUUUGUUAGUUUUUUCAAAGAAUUAUUCUGAAGUUAAGCACUUUAUUUGAACACAUAAUACUUUCUUUUUAUUUACUUGCUCUUACUUUGAAAUUCACAGCCCUACUGUUAUUUAGUAAAUGAGAAAACACAUAGUUGUGCUCAUAUGUUUGAAUACCCAGGCAGAAUUUGUAAGAUGUGUAAAAUUAUUUUAAGAAAACAUGAAGGACCAAGCGAAACAAAUUUAAUUUUGUCAAGCAUUUAAGAAAAGCAUUAUUAUUCAAGAAAACAUAACCAUAAAGAAAUAAAUGAUGGUUGUUGUUCAGUCAUCAGUCAUAUUUUUUAAAAAAACAACAACAAUAUUUCACAAAUUCUGCCUGGGUAUGUAAACUUAUGGGUACAAUUGUACAUAUAUGCAGUCAUAUGUACCCCUGUCAUAUUGGAAUGAAAGUGCAGUCUACACCUUUUUCAUAACCUCUCGGGGGCGGUGGCAUAGCGGAAUGAAACUGUGCAGCAUUUUAUAACCUCUAGAUGGCGGCAUACAUUUAGAAAAUGUGAAAGUCUUUUUCAUUUUCUCCUAUACCUAUGUAUAAUGCGCACUAUUGACUUUUGACAAUUUUGGGGUUAAAAAAGGUGCAUUAUACAGGAGAAAUUACGGUAAAUCAUGAUUUAACAAGAAGGGUGGGGUUAUUACUUUUUCACAUGGGGCCAGGUAACUGAAUUGUUUUUUUCCCUUAAUAAAUGAAGUCACCAUUUAAAAACGGCAUCUGAAGUUCACUUGGGUUAUAUUUGUCUGAUAUUUACAUUUGUUUGAUGAUCUUAAACAUUAAAGUGGGGAGACUAUGCAAUAAUAUAAGAACGUGAGUAGAGGGCCAAUACUUUUUUAAUGGCACUGUAUGCUCACUUCGACCUCUGAAAAUAUCAGAAUGAUAAACCCCAUAUAUGAGAUUUUAUGGACAUUCAUUAAGAAGCAACAUUAAGCUUUUUUCUGUAUCGUGAGCACCUAUGGAGAGGAAAAAGCUUAACGUCCAUAAAGUCCAAAAUAGUAAUAGAGUUUGAAGUGGGCAUAAGGAGAGAUGUCCACAUCCAUUUUGAUGACGAUUGAUCGCAGUUUACGGACGUUAAACAAAGUUAAGCGUUUUUACGUUAAGCGUUUCAGACUGCCCUAAAAACUUGAAUCUUUCCGAGUUGCGUGAUUUACUUGCUGUAGCCUUUUUUUCUACGCUAAAUCUACGUAGUAGCUAAUGACAUAUCUUUCUGCACACGGCGAUGCAUGUCAAGCACAGACUCGCAAAGGAACCCUCCUUUACAAAUUACACUCCCAUUUUAUGGAUGUACAACUGCCUAAUGCCUCACUUACAAUUUGUUCAAUAAUUAUCUUUUAUGACAUCACUCCUACUUCCACCAAGAUCAAAGAAAAACCAAAGCACAUUUAUACCAAAAUGUGUGUUAUUAUUCAGGGUUUUUAAGCAAAUCAAUCAGAUAAAUAAAUCACACAUUUUCAUUUAUUAUCGCAUCUGAAAUGAACCAUAAAGAAUGCUUAGUUAGACAAAAACCUAGCUCGUAGACACUUCCAACCCAUUCUCCCCACUUUCAUCUGAGAAAACGAAGUAAACAAUAUUAUUUGUAGAUUUGUGGGUGAUUUGAACCACAAAAUUGUCUUCAACUACCCUAAUGGAUUUUGGAAAUUGUAGGUAGGGUAAUGACUUGAAAUGUACAUCGAUAUUCACGUUCUUAUAUCAUUUAAAGCAUAAAAUUGAUAAAAUAACUGAUCAGGUUUCGACUGUUAAAUCCCCAGUGUACUUUUAGGAAGAUUUUUCUCUAUGUAGCACCUGGUAAAUUUGGGAUAAUACGGGCUUUCCUCCCGCUCUGGGAACAAAUUGCAGUAUGUGUAUUGAAAAUGAAUUUGCAUAAAUCAAGCUAACGCUCAACUUACACUAUGUAUUUACAGUACUGUACUCUUCACGCUGAGUAUUUAGCCUCCUAUGGUGUACAACCCGUCAACUGGUUAACAUUGUAAAUAAUCUCACGUGCAUGACAUCAUUGCAUUGCUGUUACAUCAGACGGGCUCGGCAGGAGCGCCCUCAUUCAGACGUCAGCCAUCACAAGUACGCAGUAUCAACGCUUCAUUGCACAGAUGAUAUUUGAAUGACAAGUUAUUGCGAUUAGGAUUAUUAUCCAACUGCUCAGAAUACUGAGGGGAAGCACACCAACGGAUAGCAAACACCGCACAAAGCAUGUUUCGUGUACUCCACAUUUUUGAAUACAGUGCUAUUGUUAAGUUUGACCACAAAACAAAAUAUGUCAUUGAGAUCAGCAAUAUUUCCAAUAAUUCAUUCAAGCCACCAUGUCACUUUUAUUAAUUGUAUAGGCAGUACUUUAAGUAACAUUUUCACAUUAUGCACUGUCCUACAAGCACAAAGAUGUAUUAUCUGACAUUAACAAUUCUAAUGUUAAUCUGUUAAAAAUGAUAAAACUAUUUAAACACGCUUCACUUUAUUGCUCAAAGAGGAAGGCCAAUGCUUACACCGCGAAUGGACGACAGCGGACCCCCACUACUGGCGGUAGAUAGGGACCGCGUCGAAACGCACAUCGCCAAAAUCUGCAGAUAAUUGACAGCCAUUAGAAUUGCUUUGAAAAAAAAAAUAUAUAUAUAUAUAUAUAUAUAUAUAUAAAACCCCAGAAAUCUUGGAAAUGGUGAGAUACACUGCCAAUAAGUGUUUUCAGUGUUGAUCCACCUUCCCCCAAAAAAGAGAAAAACUGUAUAAAAAUUGAAAAAAAACUGGGGAAAAAAAUAAAAAAAUCUGCAAAUCGACGAAUCCGUGGGUGGCAAACCACGAGUAUGCAGGGGUCGACUUUAUUUUUCAAAAAGUUAGUGCUAUUCGGCUUGCAGGGGAAAUAUCGAUCAAAGUCCUUUGUACUCAAAAGGUUGGUCCAUCGUGACUCGGUCCUAUCAAGCCAACAGUGACUGAGCAAAACAAGAAGCCGAAUCUUGUUCAAAUAAAAGCGACACUUUCACAUGACUGCUGGAGCUCAUUGCCAACAAGCAUGACGCGCAAACGCUCUGGACAAAAGUAUUUGGACUCCGCUGACUUCUAUUCCGCUUCCUACGAUCCAAUUGGAUUGAGCCGUCCUCGUCACGUUAGCCUUCCAGACGAAAAUAUAUUGAUUCAAAUCGUUUUAAAAGGGAGUCACAUUGCUUUUAAAGGUCAGAGGACAAAGACGUUCACAAUGUUCUCGCUAACUCUAGAACCCCUUUGCAAACCACAUCUGCCAUUUCGAAGUGAUUAUACAGCAGAUAUAAAGCAGUUAAAUGGAUAAAUAUGAUUGAGAAUGCGCCUUCCGCUCAAUCCGGCGCUGUGACGCGACGCGAGCCAAACAUCCUGUUCAUUCGGCCGUGCUGUUGUUCCCGUCCUUGUAUAUUUCUUGUCGUAUGAUGUAACGACAUCACGAUGGUUUAUUAUUAGAGGUGAACAUUUCCUUGUAUACACCUACCACUCCAUUAUGGUUACUACGCACUGGGGGGGUCGGAAAAAAGAGCCACGCAGUACUUUUCCGUACUGACGUCUGUACUUUUGCCAACAGACACACGGCAAAGACUUUGUGUGCGGCGUGUUAUAACGCUACUCGAGCGAGGGGCACACAAUGUACUGCAUCCUAUGGAAAAGCUUGUGCCGUGUCACUGAAACAUAUAUGAAUAUAUAAUACGUAUCGUCGUGCUCAAAAAUAUUGAUCUCAAUAUUCGGUCUGAGAAGAAAAGCACAUCUCCCGUGAUCCCCUGCAAAGUGCGCAAGGUGCCUACGCAGUGCAGGAAAUAUGCAUGGCGGCGCAUCGAGCAACGCGCUAAACUUAACCAGUCGAAUGUCCUGCGAAUCACAAAUCAAAAGUAUGGACGCAAUUUGGUCGUGCAGUGAGGACGGAUGCAAAAAAUCUGUUCCAAGAACGGUUGAAUUUUGGGCUAAAGAGUUCCUGAAUCGUUUCGGUCCACUAAAUCGUUCUAAAUGAAUCGAAUCGGCACCCACGGUUGGUGAUGCGAACCGAACCGUUGUGAAAAUGAAUCGUUACACCUCUCGUCUACAUUGUUGAAGUGUUCGGGAGUUCCAACUUCAAGGUUGAAGAGAGCUGUGCUUGAAUGUCACUUUAACAGGAGCGAUGAAAACCAGCUCGGCAGCAACUCCCAAUUUGCAGCAGCGAGCUAAACAAAGCAAAGAAGUAGACCGAGAAACACAAUCAUCAAAAGACACUUACUGUAUUUCUAGAAUUAUGCACAGAAUAUUUACAGAAUAAACAAAUGUGCCACUGGAACUGCAUCGGGGGCUGGGAAUGCGAUGGCCCCCACAGACACGCUGGCAAAACAAUAUGACUUCAAGUGUGUUGUUCUUCUCUUCCCACCAAAUCAACUCCGACACCCCAAAUCCAUCACUGUCUGUAGAAACCCAAAGCCCGCUUUCCUCAAAGCGCACGACAAAGUGGAGCAUUGCCUUUAAGGCCGAGAUAGCUCCUCAGGAAUUUCAUUUCAUUUCAUGGAGCGUGUUUGCACUUUUCUUCUCUGCUUUUCGAUGCCCUCCAAGUUCGGAUCUGACGUCCCACCUAUUUGCUUGACCGCCGCAAUGAUACUAUGUGUCCAGCAGGGGGCGGCAUGCGCUCGAACAGAUCUGUACUGGACCGGAGGGCGUGCUUGUGUGCGCAACAGGAAUUAUAACACCAUUAAGGUGAGGAUAAUCAUCAUCAUAAUAAUCGUAACAAUGAUCGCAAGAAUGAUGCCGAGUCCAAGUCCAAAUGUGCAUCUCUUCACCACUUCAAAUAGACAAAAGGUUUGAUCUUUUUGGCAUUCAGUAGUUUAGUUUGAAAGUUUAUCAAGACGGUUCAUUCCAUACAUUAGGUGGCUAUUUUUGCUGGAAGAAACUUAGCAAAAAAUAUAUGCUACCAUAAAUAACUGCUAAACGUAACACAAACAUAACAUCCACAUUUGUCAAUUCUAUAACAUCAAGCUUGAGCCUGAGAUGUAUUCAUGUUUCAUACUUCUCCACUCCACAAUAGUAGAAAUAAAGCUGUUACUGCGUUGUAACAUCAAAUAAUCAAGGUAUUUACAUUCCUGUUGCCUUUUAAUAGGAAAUAUUUUUUACUGGAAAUGAGAUUUUCAAAAUCAUUUCAACAUCAAUUCCGCACGAGCCCAUAACACCACUGAAACAUUUAUGAAUACGUCGCAACUUGUCAGAGGGAUGUCAAUACCAAAUCUUGGACCCCAAAGGAUACUGAACAAAUGGAGUCAUUUUAAUAUUUAUUAAACCAAUGGAGCACAAUUACAUGACAAAUACUCGAUCAUCUAAUGAAAAACUUGGACAAAAAAAGGUUGGCACAAAUUUUAAAAAAUGAGUAUCGUAUUCAAAGUACGUGAACGAGCCUCAAGCAAGCCUUGAAUGAAGUCUUCUCCCGAGCACCGGUGACCACCAACACACGGGUUUUGCCCCAUUUUGUUCUUUUUUGACGAAUACAAUACACGCGGCUGUCGUUGCCGUGGUAACGUGUGUGAAAUGUACAAAACUAUAACAGCGCACUAGUUUGAAGUACGUCCCCGUCCGGGAUAAUGACGUCACCUUGUGGCGCAAACAUGGCCGUUGUCCAGUUAACAUUAUUGCUACUUUCAAAUGUGCAUCAUCACAUGACAUCACACUUUUGCCAUUUUACAAAGCACCUGAAUAACGAUGACACGAUUGAUCGGUGGCUAACUGCUAAUGCUACGUGUGCUGCGCAGUGAGUGACAGGCUGUACUGAUUGCGCUCGCGGUUUUAUUGCUUUCUUCUUUUUAUGGCUUUUCUUCAAAUGAAUAAACACAGUGUUGGCAAAAGGACGACUCUGAUUGGCUGUUGUCCCGCACUUUCCCGCCAUUUUCGAUCUAAAUCUGCACAUUAACGUGUACUUGAGCGGUGUAAAUAAAUGUUUUCCUGCGUCAAGAAAA